UCCAACUGUCAACGUUUUGUUGAUCAUGUCAAUUUAUUUUUCGGAGUUAGAUUUGUAAACUGAUACAGUUACACUAUCUGUUAAGUUACAUCGCUACACGAACAUGUCGCUCGAGAUGUCUUCUGCAGCUGGUUCACAAACCGAAACAGUGGUUCGAGAGGGAUCGAGAAGUCCUCGACUGCGACUGACGCUGACCAAACCAAAGAACAACAAGAAAGUGAAAUGGACGACGGAAACGGUGGACAAUGAACACAUGGACAAGAAGAAGUCAAAGUGUUGCUGUAUUUAUGAAAAGCCGAAACUGUUUGGCGAGUCGUCGUCUGAAGAGGAUGAUGACAGCGACGGGUGUGGACAAAACUGCCGCGGACACAAGAAAAAAUGUUACAAAUCACACGCUCACCAGCACAAGGAUGAUGGAGAAAAUAUACAAGAUGCUGGUGCUUCUGGCGGUCCUUCUACAGCCAGUUAGCGGUCAGCGUGGUCACUUGGGACAGGCCAGAACAGCAGACUCGGAUCACAGAGAGUUCUGACGACCGCGUGGGUGCCGCUAGUCAGUAGAUUAGUGGACGUACAGCACCACACAUUGAUAUCUAGUAAAUAUGUUCAUGUUCCGCUCUCUGUCGUCAGUGUCAGACAUCUGCCGGUUAUUAUUCUCUUGUUACAAAUGAUGUAUAUUUUGUUAUAUUGUGUUAAAGAGUAACUCAUUCUUAUAUUGAAUUCAUAUAUUGUGUUAAAGAGUAACUCAUUCUUAUAUUGAAUUCAUAUAUUGUGUUAAAGAGUAACUCAUUCUUAUAUUGAAUUCAUAUAUUUUCACAUAAGUUAAGCAGGACUGGAACAAUUGUUAGCUAUUUGGCUAAAAGAUUAUAUUAAUGUUUAGCCAAAUUAGAUUUUAUUUUUUUCUUCUUAACCAAAUAAGUUUCCUAGUAGCUCUUCUAAUAACUACCAAGUAGUUGUCCACAUUCCUUUUGGUCAAUUUAUUAUAUAUAUUUUUUAAUUGACCUUAGUUCAAAUUUAACAAUGACUAUCAGAAAUCUUCCCUGGAGAUGCAUCGAGAUGAAGAAUGCUAAUAGUUUGUAAUCUUGGCAGUAUCGGACAGUUUUUAGUCUAACUCUGUAGAUUUGAACAAAAAACCUAGAGAUUAAUUAAUAAUAUACAUUUUUCUUUGGGAUUUAAAAAAAAGAAAAUGACACUUAACAGUCAGUGUAUUUUGUGUGCUGAGUGUCAUUAAAUAAUCAUUCAAUAAUUUUGGGGGGUGAAAAAAGGAUCAAGAAAAUAGAAACUGGUACAUAGAGAAAUUAAUUAAGCACUCCCAGAAAUAAUAUUGGACAUGAUAAAAUUGCAAGUUUUAUUUGAUUUGUCCCAAGAAACACCUUUAUCUAGAGGAUGUACUGGCAGCACUUAGAAGGGUGAAUUGCACCAGGAGCUGUUAGUUUUUAAUCAUACAAGACAUUUCACUGUGGGGAAUAAGAACACGGGUAUGUAGUCUGUCAUCCGGGCAUGUGGGGGUUGUCUUUGACAUUUCUGACAUAUAUAAUAGUUAUACGCAAGUACAUAUCCUUUUGUUUUUUUGCGGGGGGGGGGGUCCAAAACAACUUCUACCAUUUAUACACGACAACAAAUAAAACAAAUGUAUUACAUUUACAUAUAAGCAUUUUCAAAUGAGUUUAAAAAAAACUAAUUCAGAAGAUUGAGACCCAAAACACACCCCCCCCCCCCCCCCCCCCCCCCCCGGUCUGCAUUUGUAUACCAGAUCAUAGAACCUUCCAGAUCCACUUAUUUUAGCUUCCAUUUUGCCUGAAAAUUCAUCAGUGAAGACUGUUAUUAAAGCAAAUAAAACAUUGAGCAUUAAGUUGUUUAUAUAUUUAACAUACUCUUUUCAACCUUUAACUGUUUUAUAUCUGUUUAGAGAUUGCUGUCAGUUUAUUAAACUCCAGGCUUUAUAUCAUUUGUAGGCUAUAUUUAUAUAUAUAUAUAUAUAUAUAUAUAUAUAUAUAUAUAUAUAUAUAUAUAUAUAUAUAUAUAUAUACCGAUUGUCUUAACCGAAGUUUGUUUGCACUUGUCUUGAUGCUUGCAUAUUUUAUUAAUAUAUUUAUAAUUAUGUAUUCAUUUUUAAGCCAUAUAUAUACAGCAGUGAUUAUUCAUAUUUUUGUACAAUGCAUUAAAAGUAAUUGCUACUGCAUUAUUGUUUUACUAGGGGCGUGUUUUUAUAAGUAAGUUAGUCAGUAAGCUACAUUUGGAGGUGUGCCCGAAGAUGUGUGUUUGUAUUAACUGUAUUUUACUGUCCUGCUACUGACAAAGAUCAAGUUUGAGUUUAUCUUUUCAGUCCCCUACCUGUCCAACCGGAGGGGACUAAUGUUUCAUCUCUGUCCGUCUGUCUGUCUGUCCCACAUAUAGUUUUCUGGGUGUUUUUUCCACAAUGCCUUGAGAUAUUGAGCUGAAAGUUUGUGUACAGCUUUAUUAUUCAUGUACCGUUAUAGAUCAGGUACAUGUAUGACUUUCACUUACCGUUAUAGAUCAGGUACAUGUAUGACUUUCACGUACUGUUAUAGAUCAGGUACAUGUAUGACUUUCACGUACCGUUAUAGAUCAGGUACAUGUAUGACUUUCACGUACCGUCAUAGAUCAGGUACAUGUAUGACUUUCAUGGUUAUUUACUCAUUUUUGUUAGUUAUGGCCCUUUAACUUAGGAGAUAUGGAAAAAAAAAUUCAACUUUUUGUUUUGCAAUGCCUAAAGAUAUUGAUCUGAAAUUUUGAAUAGCUUUAUGUUCGGUUACAGAUUAAGUUUGAUUUUCAUGAAAAUUUACCUAUUUUUCACAAAUUUAUGGCCCUUGAACUUUGAAGAUGUGAAAAUUUGUUUUUCAAUGAUUUAAUUUUUGCAAUGCCUGAAGAUCUUGAGCUAAACUAUUGUAUAUAGCUUUUAUUAUGUUCUGUUACAGAUCAAAUUUAACGUUCAUGGCGAUUUACCCAUUUUUUCACACAUAGUUUUGGCCCUCAUCUUAGGAGAUAAGAAAACUUGUUGGGGCUGGUAGGGGACAGGUUUUGCUUUAGCAGUACUCUCAGAAUGCUUGUUGUCUGUUUGUCAUCAGUAAGCUGUGUACAUACAUAUUUUUAAUUAUUAAUCAAAUUAUAAAAGCUUUUUGUAUCAUUUAAUUUUUCCACCAGUAUUUACCAACUGAAACUUGGUUCUGCUUUAAUUGUUAGAGGCCACUUAACAAUUAUCUAACACCCUAGAUGGAAGAGAAUUACAAAACGGUUAUUGGGAGGGGAGUGUAGCCGGGGAAGGGGUGUUUGUUUGUUCAAGAGUUAUGUGAUGUUUUAAAAAAACUAGGGGGAGGGGUGUAAUUCAUAAAUUUACAAGCAGCCAUGUUCAAUAUUUCUAUUACAUAUGAGUUUUUCUUUGUGUAUACCAAAGAAAACAUUAAAACAUAUCAAUAGAAAACCCAACGACGUUGGUCAGAUUACAUCAUGGUGACAGUGAAAUAAAGAAUACUUGAGUAAUCUUAGAGAGGUAUUUGUUAGCAUUACAAAACGAUGUAGGUGUGGGAAGGUGUUUUAAUGUUAUUUAAAUGUUCAAUGGCCACUCAUGUACAGCUGAACGUGCUGCACAAACCAUUUUAUUGUGCUCCUAAAUGAUAAUAAAAGUUUGCUCUCAAUGUACAUUAGGAAUUAAUUCUCUUACACUAGCAUGUGUUAGUUCAUUCUCUGUAUAGGCAGUUGUAUGCCACAGGGUAAAUGGAAUGAAGUUGUUAUCACAAAUUGUUGUCUGCUAGAAUUAAUUAUCUUACACUAGCAUGUGUUAGUUCAUUCUCUGUAUAGGCAGUUGUAUGCCACAGGGUAAAUGGAAUGAAGUUGUUAUCACAAAUUGUUGUCUGCUAGAAUUAAUUAUCUUACACUAGCAUGUGUUAGUUCAUUCUCUGUCUAGGCAGUUGUAUGCCACAGGGUAAAUGGAAUGAAGUUGUUAUCACAAAUUGUUGUCUGCUGGAAGUACUAGUUUUUGUUAUUGGUUUAUAUUUUUAAAAAGUGUUAUUGUAUUGAAGGACUUGUAUCUGUGGUAGACUUGCAACUGCUAUGUUGUACUGCUGUCUGUAAUAUUUGUUAACUAACUAAAAUGUGUUGUAUUUAUCAUCUCUUCUUCAUAUGUAAGCCCUGUUCAUGAAGUUGUGUGAAUAACAUAUCAUAAUUACUGAGGUACACACAGUCUUUACAUUUACAACAAAUGAUAACUGUAAACUUGGAUUCCUGUAUAUAUUUUGAACCAUUCUGUUGUAGAUACAUUAAAGAAAACCCACUACUAUUAUAUAAAGAAUACUACACAUGUGGCCAAUAGAAAUCAUUUAUGUUUUUCGUUUUUCAAAAUGUACCAACGGCAAAGUUGUAUAUGUUCUAAGAGUCUUGUAAAAUAAAUGGUAUCAGACACACACAAAUGUAGUAUUUUGUUUAUUAUACAUCUUCAUAAAAACCAAGACCCAAGCAUAGUUAAAUUAACCCUGGGUUAAUAUUAAUAUUUUUCGUUUAAUUAUUUUAGCACAAGUACAAAAUAAACUUUAUAUUUGAUUAUAUAUAGAUAUCUUUGGUGGUUCUAAAUCAAGUUUGAACAUCGUCUUCAAUUAUUAUUUGAAUUAAUUCAGUUCUUCAUUUUGCACAUUUCUGUUAACCACUGGUUGAGCCAGAUAACAUUUGAACAACUGGCCCCAUAUCUUAACAAAUUAAAUUGUCUUUUCCAACAGUUAACUUGUAUGCACCAAUAGCAGUCAAUUGAUUCAAUGUCACGUGUCGUAUGUCAUAAAUCUCUAAGUCCGUUAUUGUCAGUGUAUGCUUUUAUAAUAAAUGUUUUGUUUUAACUGUCCUGACAAAAUCAACAUGUUUUUUUUAUGUACAUUUUGUGUGGUGGGGGAUGGUUAGUACUCCCAAGUUAAAGCACUGUGGUUUGUAUGCUCAUGAAAAUGAUAAUUGUGACUGGUCCUGAAGCUUCUUGCACCGAGCAGCACAAGGUAUUGUACCACUAUACAUGUGCUACAGGUCAGCACAUUCCUCGUUCUCACUGGAAAGAGAAGUAACCUAGUGUACCGACACUGAAGGACUAAUCACAGGGUUAAAUACACUAAAACAGUUGUUGUUCAGACUGAAUGUUGCACUUUAUGUUUACAGGACUUCACGUUUACAAGUUGUAAUUGCCAGUACUAUAUGUGCAAGUGUCAAAACAUUCUGCUCCAAGAAAAUCACCCCUUUUUAAAGUAUUUUCCGUGGGAGCAUGAGCUCGCCUCACCCCACCCACCCCUAAAACAUUUGCUUGCCAGCCUAGACACACUCCCCUGCUUAACUUCCUGUGCCUGCACUAGAUGUGGUAUAUAACCAGAAUUACAUGGUUGAUACUAGUAGCUCACAUCGUUUACAUGUGUGGAAGGUACAUUCUUGGUGGUGUUGACAAAAUAAUUACCUGUUUAAUAAUGUUCUGUGUUUUAUAUCUGAUGCUAGUUGUGGCCUGUUGUACAAAACUGUGGAUGCUACAUCCUAGGUACUCUCGUAGUGUUAACAAAAAAUUACUUGUUUAAUGUUUACUGUGUUUUAUGUAUUACUAAUGACCUGUUGUACAAACGUGUGUAUGGAUGGUGCAUCGUUAAAUGUUACUGUUAUUAAAAUUUAACAUAUUGAA